GUCACAAAUAGGUGUCUACAAUGGUAUGCAAAAAUGAUAAAUUUAUAAGAGUCCAAAGCCAUCCAAUUUCUGACCGUUAAUCACGUGAGCUUCACAUCACAUUUGAUCUAAUUCUCCCAUCCCGCCGUCAAACUAUUCAAAUAAAUAAAUAAAUAAUUCUUUUUUUUUUUGAAAGAAAAAUAAAUAAAUAAUUCUAAAAAGCAAUAAAGAAAAAAAGAAAAGGUAUUUCAAAAAAAAAAAAAAAGAAAAAAAGAAAAGGAGACAUUCGUCCAUGUCUCCAGUCUCCCCAACGGCUACUCCAAUUGACGUUCUUAAACCCCAAAAAUACUUCAAUCUUUAACUCCAACAAAAUAAAAUCUCAUCAAAAAUUUUCCAAUUUUACAAACAAUCAAACAUUCAAACCUCUCAACAUCAAUGGAAUCAGUUACACCUCCUGAAUAUCACAAAUCAGAGCCAACCCACAAAAUUAAAUCAGCUUCAAGAUUAGCUUUAAUGGCUAAUAACCCAGAUUAUGGGAGUGAUACAGAUAAUCAAAUUCCCCAUUUUUCAGUAGAAUAUGCUCCUUCUCCGUCAUCGCCGAAGCGUCAAAAGACGCCAUCAUCUACACCUUCAAAACCAUCAAUUAAUAAGCCGAAAAACUUCCUCCCUCUUCAUGAACACCUGCUUCUUUCUCCUUCCCCUGUGCGGAAGUCCCGAACCCGGCUUUCAGACCGUCUCGAAACAGCGGAUGAUUCUACUGAACAUAGGAGGCGGUGUAAGACAAGGACUAGCUCUAAUGGGUUACCUGCUUGUUAUUCGCCUCGUAAUCUUAGGAGAUCAAGGAGAAAGAUGAUUGAUACUGAGGAAAGAGAAAUUGUUGGUGUUGAUGAAGUUGUGAAACCCAGAAGAAGAAGAAUUAGUGGAAAGUCUAAGAAAGAGAAGAUCGCUUCACUUCCUUCUCUUACUCCUUCAAAAGGCAAUGUUGGAGAAGAAUGUGCAUUGGAUCAUCUUGGACAGAUAAUAUGGGAAUUGAUUGUGUGGAGAGAUGUUGCUAAAUCAACCCUUUGGUUUGGUUUUGGGUGUCUUUGUAUCUUAUCUUCUUCCUUUACUAAGGGACUAAACAUUAGCCUUUUCUCAGUGAUCUCCCAACUUGGUCUUCUACUUUUGGCAGCAUCAUUCACAACAAAUUCUUUGCAUCAAAGGGAAAGCACGCCAAGAAAUGUGGAAGUAAGCUUGAAAGAGGAUGACAUAUUGAGAGUAAUUAGAGUGCUGCUGCCAGCUCUUAACCUUGUUAUUUCGAAAACAAGAGAGCUUUUCUCUGGAGAGCCAUCAAUGACCCUUAAAGUAGCUUUGUUACUCUUGGUUGGCUCGGCUUAUGGUCACCUUUUAACACUUUGGAGACUUUGUGCACUUGGAUUUUUAACUAGCUUUACGGCCCCGAAGCUAUAUUUCUCAUAUGCUGCUCAGAUAGAUAGAAAAGCUGAGCAAUGCAAGUCAAGGGUACUUGAAGCAUGGCGAGCGUGUAACCACAAGAAGAUUGUAGCUGCAUCAGCAGUUACAGCCUUCUGGAGUCUGUCAAGUGUCAAAACCCGAAUCAUUGCAGCUUUCAUUGCCUUAGUGAUACUGCGAUACUAUAGGCAACUCUCAGAAACCAAAUUUGAAGAACUUUCACCAACAGAACAGGAAGUGGAGCCAGAAAAACGAGCUGUAAUAGAUGAAGAAGAAAAGGAGCCAGAAAAGGCAUUGGUUGUGGCUGACAGAAAGUGAUACUUUCAGAAACCAAGUAAGCAGGCAUCCCAAUCAAUGUGAGAAAAGUAGGAAAAGUGACUGCUAAAACCAAUGAGUUAAAAGUUUAUUCUUCUUCCACAUUCAUGUACAAAUGUAACUUUCAUAUAUAUAUAUUUUUUGCUUGUAAUAAAGAGUACGUUGAUUCAAAUUUUAUAAAUUCACUUCUUCAGUCAA